AUGGGUAAUCAUUGGCCAUCGCCUCAACAUCAUCAUCAUCGUCGCCACAAUAAAGCAAGAAACAUUCCCGAGCAAUCAACAGUCCUGUGGCAGAAAAUAUUUUUUGGUGACGACUUCAACAUGUUCAAUAUUGUAGAAUCCAACGAUAAUGUUCUUCAGCAGCUAACAUCAGUUCCACAAAAGAAAGUAUUGAACAUCCAACGAAGUCUCUCACUUCCGGAUGUGUCCCAUUCUACUCGUGUUGCGAGAAAGAAAACUACUCGUACUACGACACCGCUAUCACACAAUAGACAACCGAAGCAACAAACUCAUUCAACUUCGAACAUUUUCUUAGCUAAUCAUAGACGUAACCCGUUUGUGCAUGUCGAUAUUAAACGAUUUCAUAAUCGGAGAAAAAUUGGAAAUGGCAAUUUUGGCACGGUAUAUCAUGCAAAAUUAGAUGGUAAUCGAGAUGUGGCAAUAAAAACAUUGAAUAACGGAUAUAGUACAAAUGAUUUGAAUGAUCCAUCGGUACUCAACGGAUUAUUGAACGAGGCAAAUAUUAUAGCUCAACUAAAUCAUCCGAAUUUAUUAAGUAUGGUCGGUGUUACAAUUGUGAGAGGUGCAUUGAGUAUUGUCACUGACUACAUGUUGAACGGUUCGCUGAAAGAUUAUUUUCGAAUCAAUAAAAAUAUUUUCCAACAGGCUGAUAUUAUCGAAGCUAAUCAGUGUUUAAAUCAAUUUGCUCGACAAAUUCACAAUGCAAUGGUCUACUUAGAACAAAAUUUCGUUAUACACCGAGAUUUAGCAGCAAGAAAUUGUCUACUAGACGCUUAUGGUCAAAUUAAAGUGGCUGAUUUUGGACUUACAAAGUUUACCAAAGAUGGUAUUUACAUGGGAAAUCCACAAACAAUUUGUGCCAUUCGUUGGACAGCACCUGAAGCAUUGUCGUUUCAGCUUUACAGCCCAAAAUCCGAUGUUUGGAGCUACGGUAUUGUUCUAUGGGAAAUUUAUACACUCGGUCAAAAUCCAUACGGUGAUAUGUCGAACCGCCGCGUUCAGUAUUGCGUUGAGCAAUUGGCGAUUGAACAAAUACUGCUAGAACCAUAUUUUGGCUCGACGAACAUAUAUCAUAAUCUUAUUCUUCAAUGUCUCAGAAAAGAUUUGGAAUCUCGACCAUUCUUUUAUCAAUUACAGCCAUACGUAGACAUGUUUUUAAAAUGA